AUGCUGCCAACAUCAAACGCCUCUCGUCGGAUGUGGGUAGCGCCGCUGGGUCUCCGAAGCGCUGCAAUCUCACAGCCGAUUCGUCGACGUCAUGCGCACAUGCACACCAGCACCCAGCCAGGCACCAUUGUCGAUGUAGCUGCUGAUCUAGAAGCCAAUUUUGUAUGGGCACCACCACUCGCACCUCAGACUCGGAACAUUGAUGUCGAUCUUGCAAGUCCUGAAUCCAUAUUACUUGGUGAGAUUGCACUAUUAGAGCACAAGAAAGAAGCCAUAGAACGAGUGCUGGUUGAUGGAAACGAAGUGUUGGAAGGUCACGGUCAAGUUCAUGAUUUGCAGAAUCGGAGGAUGUUGACCGAGGUCUUCUACCCGACGAGUUGA